AUGACAGACUCGGAAAUCGUACUCUACAUUUGGCCGGGACAAUGGGGUCUCCGUUCAUUCGAACCUAUGUGUCUUGCGGCGGUUAUCUUUUUGCAGCUCUCCAUUCCUGGAAAAUUCUCCGUUGUCGAGUGUACGAAUCCGGAGCUGUCGCCGACUGGAACUUUACCCUUUCUUUCCCACCAACAACACGUCGUGGCGACUCUGUCGGCUAUAAUGAAGUACGUUACGGGACUGCAUGAGAAAAACUCGCGCAUCGCUGUAUCGUUAACGGCAUCCCCCAAAGCCCAGAACGUUGCGUGGUAUGAGCACUGCGUGUCUAGCAUUGGUGACUUGGUGUCACAUGUCUUUUACGCUCAGCACGCGAAUUGGAACGAGCUGGUGUACCCGGCCCUAGCAAAAAUGUAUCCCAUACCCCAGCGAUACUAUGUGCCGCUCAGAAUCCGUGACAUAUAUCGGAAGCGGCUGGAAGCGUCAGACCUCUGGACAUUGCCAGGCGAAGAAUUAGAAAAGAAAUCCUUCAUAGAACGCUCCAAGCCUGAUAUCGAACAGCCAGAAAAGCACAAGGAUCGCUUCUUGCGCGUUUUCGAACGCGAAAAGGUUGCGGAGAAGGCGCGCGCCAUCUUUGACAUAUAUUCCCGGUUGCUGGAUACGAAGGCAUAUUUCUACGCCGAUAGUCCCACAAGCUUGGAUAUCUUGGUUGCUGCACAUAUUCGGAUUCUGACACAAACGCCCUUCCCUGAUGCCCUUUUGAAGGAACUUCUCAAAAGCUCUUAUCCUUCAUUAGUUUCACACGCGGACCGCAUUAUUUCGCUAGCGUUCUCAUCGCCUGAUUCCGUCGUGUCCACUUCACGACGGAAGCACUCCCUGAUGUCGUUAGCUCCGCGUUUCAAUCUCAGGCGAUCAUCGAAAGCUGGGGCAGAACCUAGGUUUGAUGCUUACACCUGGUUGUGGUUUGGUCUUGCUGUUGGUGGCGCCGCGUUGUACAUAUCCAAAGUACCUUUCUUGGAUGAUUUGUACUGA